CUCUCUCAAAUCAUUUCUAUAUAUAUGCUGCAGUUCCGUUCCUCAAUAUCCUGUCUUCACUUUGUAUUUCGCCAUCCGCCAUUGAAGCUCAGCUGCUAUAGCUUCCUAUAACAUCAAGACCCGCAACGGAGAACAAUGGGUUCCACCAGCACCCAAUUGCAUGUCGGAGCUUCUCUCUCUUCUGGGUCUAGUUCCUGGAAAUUCGACGUCUUCUUGAGUUUCGCAGGCAGAGACACCCGCGGAGGCUUCGUUGACCAUCUCUUUUCUGCUCUGCUUCAGAAGGGCAUUUUCAUGUUCAAGGAUGACGUGACGCUCGAGAGAGGCGAAUACAUUCGAGAUACGCUUCUGAAAGCCAUCGAAGAGUCGAGGUUUGCCAUCGUUAUUUUCUCCGAGAACUAUGCUUCUUCCAAGUGGUGCUUGCUUGAACUCGUUAAGAUCCUCGACUGCAAGAAGACAAGGGGACUCACCGUUUUUCCUGUGUUUUAUAAAUUAAAUCCCUCAAACUUACGGAAACAAACAGGAAGCGUUAGAGAAGCAUUCGCCAGACACGAGCGAGAUUACAGCGAAGAGGAGGUGCAGACAUGGAGAAACGCUGUAAUGGAAGUGGCCGGUAUUUCUGGGUGGGAUUCAGAAAAUGGCACAACCCAUGGGCUUGAAGCAAAACUUGUCCAAGAAAUCGUCAAAGUCCUGCAAAGUAAACUGGAGGAUGAGGAUUCAAGCAUUCUUGAUUAUGUUGUUGGAUUAGAUACUCGUGUAGAAGAAGUGAAAUCACUGUUGGGUAUAGGAUUGAAUGAUUCACGUAUAGUGGGGAUACAUGGAAUAGGUGGUAUAGGAAAAACUACUGUUGCCAAGGCUGUUUAUAACCAAAUUCGUUCUCAGUUUGAUGCUAGCAGCUACGUUAAAAAUGUUAGAGAAGCUCAUCGUGAGGAAAACCAUUGUGCUUCAUUGCAAAAAUUGCUCAUCUCUGAUAUCUUCUCACAUAAUGUUGAUAUAAAAAAUAAUGUUGAUCGAGGGCGUAGUAUAAUAAUGAGGAGGGCACGGCAUAUGAGGGUUCUUGUAGUCUUUGACGAUGUGGACGAUGCAGAGGAUCUCAAAGCACUUAUUGGUAACCCUGAAUAUUGUUUGGGUUUAGGAAGCAGAAUUAUAAUAAUAACAAGAUACCCUCGUGUACUUGAUUUGCUUGAAGUGAAGCAUAAGUAUGAUGUCAAGGAACUAGAGUACGAAGAAGCUUUAGAGCUAUUUUGUCAGAAAGUAUUUGGGAAAAACCAACCAACACAGGGUUAUGAGGGGCUCACAAACAGUUUUCUUCAUCGCGCUGGAGGAGUUCCAUUAGUUCUCAAAGUUUUGGUCCCGAUUCUCCGUGGUCUAAGCAUAAAUGAAUGGCAAAGUGCAUUUGAUAGAUUAAGGCAACAGCCCCAUGAAAAAAUUCAUUCAGUGCUCAAAUUAAGCUAUGAAAGUUUGGAGCCAAAGGAUAAGGAGAUUUUUCUUGACAUUGCGUGCUUCUUCGAAUGGAAUAGCAAAGAUUUUGUAAUAGAAAUACUGAAUGCUUGUGAUUUCAACGCUGAUUAUGGAAUAAGGAAUCUACAAAGCAAGGCACUUGUAAAGAUAAGUGACAAUAGAAUAGAAAUGCAUGAUCUGAUACGAGAGAUGGGACGACAUAUUAUUUAUGAAGAACACCGAAAAGAGCCUGGUAAAAGAAGCAGGUUGUGGAAAUACGAAGACGUCUAUGAUGUACUCACACAAAAAAAAGGGACAGAACUACCAGUGGAGGCCAUAGUUAUGGAUUCUUGUGAAACAAAAAAGAUAUCCUUGCGUCGUGAUGCAUUUUCAAACAUGAGCAACUUGCGACUGCUUAGCCUCCAAGGUGUUGUUGAGCUUCUUGAUGGUGCCGUCGACAACCUCUCCAAUAAAUUACGCCUUCUUGAAUGGCCCCAAUACCCUUUAAAAUUCCUACCAGCAAAUUUUCAAGCGGACAGGCUUGUCAAACUAAAAAUGUCACAUAGUGGCUUAAAACAACCUUGGAAUGGAACAAUGUGCCUAGACAAGUUAAAAUACGUUGACCUCAAUUAUUCGUCAGGCAUAACCAAGAUCUCAUGUUUUACUCCGGUAACAAAUCUUAAAGAAUUGAUUCUUGAUGGUUGUACGCGCUUGGUUAAGAUUGACCCGUCCAUUGAAGCCAUCAAAAGUCUUACGAUCUUAAAUUUGGGGGGCUGCAAAUAUCUUGAGUUUCUUCCUACAGGCAGUUGGCUUGAAUCCCUUCAAAUACUUGUUCUUUCUGGUUGCUCAAAACUUAAAAAUGUUUAUGAAGUUUUAGAGUUUACGAAAUGCUUAAUUGCACUUUAUUUGGAUGAGACUUGUGUAAAGGAAUUGCCAGUUGAACAUUUGAGCAAUCUUCAACUUAUUUUCCUAAGUGAUUGCAAAAAACUUACAAGUCUUCCAAGUGGCAUUUGUGGGUUGAAACGACUUGCAUAUUUGAUUGUUAAUGGCUGCUCAAAACUUAGCGAGUUGCCCGAGGGCAUUGGAGAAUUGGAAAGCUUGGUGGAACUUCGCGCUGAUUUUACUGCUAUUGAGCAACUACCGUCCUCGAUUAUACACUUGAAGAAACUUCGGUUUUUAUCAUUACGGGGAUGCGGGGGAAGAGUAACAUCAACACCAAGGAAUUCAUUGCUCCCACCAUGUCUAUUUCCAAAAAAAGGUCAAGAUCCCAUGGGUCUUGAUCUACCUCCUCUAUCAGGCUUAUUGUCUUUGGAGAAACUAAAUCUCCUUGACUGCACCCUCUUGCAAGGAGGUCUUCCAAAUGACCUAGGCUCUUUAUCCUCGUUGAAGUUUUUAUACCUUAGUGGUAGCAACAUUAUUAGUUUGCCAGAUAGCAUUAGAGGUCUUGAAAAGCUUACAUUUCUUAAUUUGAGAGAUUGCAAGAUGCUUAAGACGAUGCUCAAUCUCCCGACAAAUAUCGAUUGCAUUGUGGCAAGUGGAUGCACAUCAUUAGAAACAUUACCGGAUCCCCUGCCUCGAAAGCUUACAAUAGUUGAUUUAACUAAUUGUCCUUCACUAGAGAAGAAUAGACCCAGUCUCCCCGUUGAACUUUUGAGAAAUUGUCUUAAGGCCCAUCUCUCUCAGAAUAAUAAUGUUGAACCGGAAUUCACGGCUUUUCUUCCUGGAAGAAAGAUUCAAAAUAUUAAGGGGCCUUGUGUUCGAAUGCAGUUGAUGCCAGAUUGGCAUAAGAACCUCAAGGGUUUUGCUGCAUGUGUUGUUUUUGAAGCAAAGGCUACUUCGGAGGCUUUUUCACCUUACCUUUCACUUGACCUUCUCCGUCGUCGUGAGAAUUAUGUUCGUGUGGAAUGUUACGGGAUGCGCAAUGAUGUAGUCUAUGCCACGGAUUUCGCCUUUUCUUUUCGUCGUCGAAUUCAGUCUGAUCACUUACUUUUGGAUUACAUGGCACUUGAUGAUAUUGUUCCAGAGGUGGGUGUGAAUGAUUGGAAAACUUGGACCGAUAUCAUCUUUUAUGUUAGCUAUAAUCCUGAAAUGUUUGCCUCAGUAAAAACCACUGUUCAUAUGGCAUAUGAGAAUGGUGAAGAACGGGCAAAUCCAGAUGAAAGUAUCCAACAAAGUGAUCGUGUUGAGUUUGGGUUAAUUGAAUGGAUCCGAGGUGUUGUAUUGAGAAAAAGACGGCCCUAUACCUGUGGCUAUGGCUAUUGCUUUGAGCACAAGGCAGGCAGAGGAGAACCCCUGGACAUCAUCUACCGUGGUCCAAAAGACAGAUUCUUUUCUGACCUAUGUGCAUUUCCACAGUCAUUUUGUGGUGGGCAUACCCACUGUCCUGACGGAAGGACGUGGGCACGCGAAGGACCUCCAAGGGGUUAACUUAAAGAAACAAAUCAAUAAAAAUCAGAAUGAUGCGAAGUGGUGGGUAGGAGGAGGGAGGUGGGCAUGUAGUGGAUUAGUUAAUUGUUGAGAUUAAUUAGAAUGUUUGGACGUUGUGUUGUUA